AUGUUCCCCAAGCGACUUUCUCUAGGCAAUUGGAAUGCUUCAAAUAAACCAGAAAUCCCUAAAAUAUUAACUUUUGAUGCCUAUAAUACUUUGUAUGCCACAACCUUACCUGUCAUGGAACAGUAUUGUUUGGUAGGUAAGAAAUAUGGCAUUGAAGCUGACCCUAAACAAUUGACUCAAAAUUUUCCGGUGGUUUUCAAAGCUUUGAAAGAAGAACAUCCGAAUUACGGGAAAUAUACUAAUAUCAACGCAAAGCAAUGGUGGAGUUACCUAAUUGUAAAUAUGUUCAAGUCUUAUAAAGUUCCCAAUGAAAUGAUAGAUGAAAUUCUAGAGAGAUUCGAAGGGCCAAAUGCCUAUAUAGUCUAUCCGGACCUUUUAGAAUUAUUAAAUUAUAUCAAGGCAAAGCACCCAAACGUUGUGUUAGGAAUAAUCAGCAAUACAGAUCCUUUAGUUUACACGUUAAUCAAAAAUAUUGGAUUAUUUGACUAUUUCAAGACACAUCUCUAUCUUUCUUACGACUUGGACAUAAAAAAACCCUCGAAAGAAAUUUUUCAAUAUGUCUUCGAUGAUAUUAUUAACAAACAUCCCAGAAUGCUCGAAUGCAGUACAGAAGCAGAAUUGAAAAAACGUUGUUGGCAUGUUGGAGAUGAAGCAGAGAACGAUAUGUUAGGUGCCGUAAUGGCUGGAUGGAAUGGGAUUUUGAUUGAUAGAUCUAACAAGUAUGGAUAUUUCUCUGGCUUAUCGAGCAAGAAGAAAAGAACUGACAACUCUAUUUCUGUCGACAAAAUCGACCAUAACUUUGAAGAGAGCUGGUCAGAAAGCAUGAAACAAACUGAUUCAAUUCAAUUAAGUGAAAAUACUUUUGUCAUAUCUAAUUAUAACGUUCUAAAAUCGAUAAUGUUCUAA